AUGUCUCAAGCGAGCAAAAACCACGGAAUUCGUCCAUGGAAUCCACCUAGUGUAGGUGUAGAGACGGAGUUCACGUACAACUUGCAAAAAGCCCUCGACUAUAAUCUUGAUGUUGGAGGCUUCAGUUUCGUUCUCACUCCUCUGGUACAUUGUGAUUAUCGGCCAAGUGUAGCACAGUCGCUACCUGAUGUUGUGGCAAUGCGGCUUCUGCCGUAUGGUUCGUCAGACUUCAGCGUGAACCCAGAAGAAUGGCAUAAACAUAUAAUAGGAAAAAUUAGCUCAUGGAUAGACUUGGAUUCAGAGAAUGAAAGCCUCAGGGUAGAUUCUGAAGCUAGUCUCAAACAAGAAAUAUAUUGGGCCUCUUAUCUCUCUUUACAGGGUUGCCUUCUUCCAACACCUAAGGGAACUUCCUGUGUUAACUAUGCUAGGUGUGUGAAACAAAUAUUACAGGGCCUAGAGAGCAACAUGGAGUUGUGGCUUAGGAUUCCAUUUGGGAUGGCUGAUGAUGGCUGUACAGCAAGCUCCCCUACUUGGGUCCAUUCUUGGAAAAUAUGGAAUUCGUUUCGUCAGCUCUGUGACCACCAUAGUCAAUUAAGGGUUGCCGUAGAUAUUUAUCGACCCCUGCCUCCAGGAAACUCGUAUAAACGUUGGUAUGGGGAGCCUGUCGUUGCAGCUAUAAUAGAUUCAGAAAUCUUUUAUACCAACAAUCGUGCUCGUAGUUAUAAGAAUACUAAGUGUCUCUCAACGCGUCAUCGGAAGUUGAUUUCUGAUUUGAUUGACCAUUCUAUACAGAUCAUUAUAUCUGAUAUACAAGUUCAACCCAAUAAGACUUCAGAAGACACUAAGGGUCUUGAUUCCGCUGCAGAUAAAAUUGCACAUCCUUUGCGGCCUUGUCUGGACCAUAUUGGUUACCUAUGCGAACAAAUGAAUCCUCUUGAUGAACCACAAAGUUUCGAGGGAUAUUUCACUGCCACCCUCGCUAGUAAGUAUUCUCUGUCCCUUGUUUUGUAUUUUCCCCUUGUCAUUCCCGAUCUGGAUCUCUCCAGUUUUCCCUUUCCCAUUCUUCCUCUGCGUCUCACCUUCAAACGAUUGCUCUCUGUUUCCUAUUCCGAUCCCCCAUCGCUUUCCACUUCUCUUGAUGUCGUUGUGGAUGUGGGGGGUCCUGCGGCGGAGAAAAAGGGUGUUGAGCCUACUAAGAUUUAUUCAGAGGCCCUGGUCUGUGACAAAUAUGAGAAAGAUCAUAAGAAAUAUAGUCAGUACGAAAGUGCAAUUCGUCAAGCAUUGCUGGACAGGUUUCCUAAGCAAAAGGCAUCUAAGAUUCCCGCGGUAUUGAUUAUUGCUGGUGCAGGGCGUGGGCCUCUUGUGAGGGCAUCAUUAAAUGCUGCCAAAAAAACUGGGCGGGUGCUGAGAAUUUAUGCCUUGGAAAACAAUCCAAAUGUAGCUAUGGCACUGAAGGAAUUAAUUGAGUCAGAAGCAUGGGAAAAUAUUGUCACUGUAAUCACAUGUAACGCCCGUUCCUGGGUUGCCCCUGUAAAAGCUGACAUAUUGGUUAGUGAUUUGCUAGGUUCCUUUGGUGACAAUGAGCUCUCUCCCGAGUGCAUUGAUGGACUUCAAAGGUUUCUAAAGAAAGAUGGAAUUUCAAUACCUUCUUCGUACACAAGUUUCCUCCAACCAUUGACAGCUUCGAAGUUGUAUAAUAAUAUUAAGAAGCUUAAAGAUAUAUUAUACUUUGACACUCCAUAUGAAGUGAAAAUUCACAAAGUUUACCGGAUUGCACCAACUCAGCAGGUUUUCUCCUUUCAUCAUCCAAAAUGCCUUGAUAAAGAAAGCAACCAGCGGUAUAAGAAGCUGCAUUUUGUGAUACCUGAUGACCUUGGCUCAGCAAUGGUUCAUGGAUUUGCUGGCUACUUUGAUGCAACUCUCUACAAGGAUGUGCAUCUUGGAAUUGAACCUUCAACAGCGACCCCAACUGUUUUUACAUGGUUUCCAAUGUUUUUUCCAUUAAAAACACCGAUUUGUGUGGAUGGUGGUUCUACCUUGGAAGUUCAUUUCUGGCGCUGUUGUGAUUCGACAAAGAUUUGGUAUGAGUGGUGUAUUACAUCUCCUUUUACGUCCCAAAUUCACAAUUGUAAUGGUCGCUCAUACCGGGUGAACCUCUAGUGGAUUUGCUCCUUGG